AUGAGACCGAAUGGAUAUCGGAAAAAAGUACUGGUCACAAAUAAAGACGCACCGAAUAUUGUCAAAAGUUUGUCCCGUUUAUCGGAAGUCGUUGCACCGUCAUAUGGCGUUUCAAUAGAAACUCCAAUACCAUUUGCGAAUGAGGACCAGGUAUUCCCGUUCCAAUUCAGUAUGCUUGGGAUUUCUGAGGAAAAAGAAAAACGAUUGCGAGAGCUAUAUGAACGACUAGAUAUGAAUAAAGAUGGAAUCGUCGACAUUGGAGAUUUGACAAAUGCGCUCAAGCAAAAGGCUCCUCAUAUACCAAGUGGUGUUAUACCUGAAUUGUUUGCUCAAAUGGAUCAUUUAAAUGAUGACAUAAUAACAUAUGCUGAGUUCGUGCAGUAUGCUAUUGAGCAUGAGAAAAAAUUAGAAAGCAUAUUCCGAGAUUUAGAUAAGAAUAAAAGUGGUUAUGUCGGUGUGCAAGAGAUCAAAAAAUAUUGUGAAGAUCUAGGUAUUUCAAUAACCGAAGCAAAAGCACAAGAAAUUGUUGAAUGGAUGGCACGCACAAACUCAGCUUCUGUGAAUUUCUCAGAAUUCAAAGAUUUUAUGUUACUUUAUCCGCGAUCUAAACCCGAAGAAAUUGCGAAAUUUUGGAAGCAUAAUCUGAUGAUUGAUAUCGGUGAGGAUAGCCAGAUCCCAGAAGAUUUUUCGCAGCAAGAAAUCGCUUCAGGAUUUUGGUGGAAGCAUUUCGUAGCUGGUGGAAUCGCAGGAUGUGUGAGUCGAACAUGUACAGCACCGUUAGAUCGAGUGAAAAUUUAUCUUCAAGUCCAUGCAACCUUAUUCAACCAUUUGCGGUUUCCAAAGGCAGCAAAACUUUUGUACGAAGAAGGUGGAUUAAAAUCUUUUUGGCGAGGAAAUGGCGUUAAUAUUGCUAAAAUUGCACCCGAAUCAGCUAUCAAAUUUUUUUCUUAUGAUCUUGUUAAGCGACUUAUCGUUAGGCACAGAGAUGAAGAUCACAAACUUAAGAUUUUUGAGCGAUUUGCUGCUGGUUCUGCCGCAGGUGUAGUAUCCCAAACAAUUGUUUAUCCUUUAGAAGUUCUAAAAACACGCUUAGCACUGCGACGCAGCAAUCAGUUAGAAAGUGGUUUGGUCGAUCUUGCCGCUAAAAUGUAUAGAAAUGAAGGCUUUCUUUGUUUUUAUAAGGGUAUUGUUCCCAAUCUUAUUGGCAUUAUUCCUUAUGCGGGUAUUGAUUUGGCGAUUUAUGAAACGCUUAAAAGUUAUUAUUUGAAUAGUUACAAUGCUCAUUCUGUUCCUGAUAUCGUCGCUUUUCCCGUUUGUGGUGCUUGCAGUUCUAUUUGUGGUAUGCUAGCGAGUUAUCCGUUUGCUCUCGUAAGGACACGAUUGCAAGCUCAAUCGGUGUCAGGUAAUUUGACUCAACCAGAUACUAUGAAUGGACAAAUACAGUAUAUAUGGAAAAAUGAUGGACUAUAUGGCUUUUAUCGGGGGCUUACUGCGAAUUUGGUGAAAGCUGUGCCUGCAGUAGCCAUAAGUUAUUAUGUUUAUGAACAUAUGAAAAGCGUACGGGAUACAGGUAUUAUGUUUCCAAGUACAUUGAGUAGCGAUGAGAAAUGUCUGAAGGAAAUAUUCGAGAAAUUGCGGACCAUUGAACGUCGAGACCUACAACAAGCGGAAGAGGCUACGGAAGAAGUGAGACGCAAAGUUUUGAUUGGUGCUGUGAGUUUUAAAAAGGCUGAUGAAAAAAAGGAUUCAUUCAAACGAUCAAGCUUAAUUGGCAGACGUCGUGAUAGUGACAAAACAAAAACGGACAGUGAUACGGUAAUUAACAGUAAUACGGAGUUGUUAACGCCCAAUGUUGAUAACGGUAACAACAAAUCACUCUCCUUGGAUGAUCAUUCUGAGACGGGAAAAAAGUCAGAGGAAGCACCGGACAGUUUUGAUAUUCAUGAAUCGCCUAUCGAUUUUGGUACUGAGAAAAAUGAUGUAUCGAAUGUUCUCAAUAUCCGUAAGUCAGAAUCAAGUUCCGCCUCACAGAGGAUUUCAACUAGCGGGAUUUAUUCGAAUAGUUCUGAUGCCUGUAUAUCUCCAACAUCAGAUACUUUUGAUACCUGUAAGGCUCAAGAUGACUCAAGCUCUUUUGACAACUGCAGACCAAUAAGCCUUAGUGACUGUGAUGAUUUCGAUACCAGCGGACCAUAUUCUUCUUUUAAUAUGUAUAAACCUACGUCUAUCGGUGACGAUGAAACUGAUAAUUAUAAACCAAGAUCAGGUCCUUGUUUAUACAUUCGUGGAUACGAUUUGGUAGCAGAUUUUUUACAGAAUGUCUUCAAUAAAUUUGGUGUUAUCAAUAGAGUUUUUGUGGAGGAACGUCAAAAGAGUGCAUUCAUUACGUAUGCCACAACAGAAGAAGCGGAAGCUGCAAUAAAGGAAAUGGAUGGAAAUAUGGUUAAUGGGAUCACACUACGUGUUUCAUUUGCACGCCGUCAAAAUCAGUGUGGUAUUUCUGAAAACUGUGAAGAUAAUAAAUCAUUUGACAGGAGUAACAGUAGUGAUGGAAGAGAUUAUUCUAAUCGUUCUCAAGAGGACGAAGGUGGCCGCUUUCGGAGUAAUAAACGUAUUCGUUUCCGUAGUGAAAAAAGUAGACGAAGCCAUGGUCGAGGACGUACAUGUGGAGAUUCUUUAUUGUCAGCGGCUUCUGCUGAAACUGAUGAUAAUUUCCGGUCUGGCUCGAACAAAGUAUCAAGUGAUGAGUCGACAGUGCAAGCUUCUCGUGAUAAUGAUUUCUGGUUAGCGGAAAGACAAUCAGCAAAAAGAAUGGAUGGACCAAGCGUUGGAAAGGAUGAUGAUGAUUUUGAUACUUAUAAAUCAACAGUAUCUCCAGUUGAAGGGGAUGAUUUGAACGUUAUUAAUAAGAAAGACGAUGAUUUUGACACUUAUAAACCAUUUAGUAAUGAUGGAAGGAGUGAUAGUUCCAGUAAUCAUCGGAAGAGUUUUGGAAAAAGGCGCGACAAUUUCGAGCAUCUGAGGGGUGGAAAACGAGGUGGUUUCUGUAGUGAUAGGAAUCGCAAUUUUCGAGGUAAUGGACGAGACAAUAGAAAUCGCGGGGGUUCAUCAUGGCGAUCGAGAAAGCGAAGCAAUGAGCUGAGACAUGUUGAUUAUUGCUCGACUGGUAACUUGGGUAUUGACAAAAAAGGCUCAUUGCUAACAGGAGAUGAGAAUAGAGAUAAGGAUAGCUUUCAGACAUCCGAUGAUCAUGCUAGUGAACAUAGCAAAAGUGAUAGUACCAAUCGAGAAAGUGAAUCACGGGGGAAUGAUAAUGAUAGCAAGGAUGAUUUCUGGCCUGCAUCUAAUCGGUCUAACAAUGAAGGUGAUGAAUCAUGUCCUUUCUCGGUUGAAAGAUCGAGUAGCGGUCAAUCAUUUCGAGGAAGCACACGAAGGAAUUAUAGAAAGGGAAGAAGAAGUGGAAAUCGAGGCGAAGGAUUUCGACGGCGGCGUCGUAAUAUCGGUAAUAAGAGCACAUGGUCCGAUGAAGAAGGCAAGUCAUCUUGUUAUGACGAAUGGCCUGAUGUCGAUAACAAGCUCUCGUCGCUUACAUCCGCUGGUGAUAAAAUGCCCAAUUCUCCUCCCCCUCCUCCAUGUAUGUCUGAAGUUCAAGUAGCAUGGAGUGAAGCCACUAAGAAGACAUCGAAGGAAAUGGCAGUAGCAACAAAAAAAGAAGAAAUAACUAUAAUGCAACGUAAACUAGAAAUAAGGAAACAGGUGUCAUAUGAUGAAGACGAUCCGUUUGCUUGA